CCUUGGGAGCUGUCUCAGGGUUGGGGGGUGGGGGGAAAAGAUGGCGGAGCUGAUGCUCCUCAGCGAGAUUGCGGACCCGACGCGUUUCUUCACCGACAACCUGCUGAACCCGGAGGACUGGGACAGCACCUUGUAUGCUGGCUUGGAUGAAGUGGCCGAGGAGCAUGCACAGCUCUUCCGUUGCCCGGAGCAGGAUGUCCCGUUUGACAGCAGCUCCCUGGACGCGGGGAUGGAUGCCAGUCCCCCUGAGCCCCCAUGGGACCUCCUGCCUAUCCUCCCAGAUCUUCAGGUGAAGUCUGAGCCAUCCUCUCCCUGCUCUUCCUCCUCCCUCAGUUCAGAGUCCUCACAUCUCUCCACUGAGCCCUCCAGCCAGGCCCUUGGAGUAGGGGAAGUGCUACAUGUGAAGACAGAGUCAUUGACACCCCCACUAUGUCUCCUGGGAGAUGAUCCAACAUCCCCGUUUGAAACUGUCCAGAUUAAUGUGGGCCCCACCUCUGAUGAUUCCUCAGAUGUCCAGACCAAGAUAGAACCCGUUUCUCCAUCUUCCUCCAUCAACUCUGAGGCCUCCCUGCUCUCAGCGGACUCCUCCAACCAGGCUUUUAUAGGGGAGGAAGUACUGGAAGUGAAGACAGAGUCCCCAUCCCCUCCAGGGUGCCUCCUUUGGGAUGUCCCAGCCUCCUCACUUGGAGCUGUCCAGAUCAGCAUGGGUCCAUCCCCUGAUGGCUCCUCAGGCAAAGCCCUGUCCACCCGGAAACCACCACUGCAGCCCAAACCUGUGGUGCUAACCACUGUUCCGAUGCCCCCAAGAGCUGUGCCUCCCAGCACCACCGUCCUUCUGCAGCCCCUUGUCCAGCCACCUCCAGUGUCCCCAGUUGUCCUCAUCCAGGGUGCUAUUCGAGUCCAGCCUGAAGGGCCAGCUGCCCCUGUUCCACGACCUGAGAGGAAAAGCAUUGUUCCUGCUCCUACACCUGGGAACUCCUGCCCACCUGAAGUGGAUGCAAAGCUACUGAAGCGGCAGCAGCGAAUGAUUAAGAACCGGGAGUCGGCCUGCCAGUCCCGGAGAAAAAAGAAAGAGUAUCUGCAGGGACUGGAAGCUCGGCUGCAGGCGGUUCUGGCUGACAACCAGCAGCUCCGGCGGGAGAAUGCUGCCCUCCGGCGGCGGCUGGAGGCCCUGCUGACUGAGAACAGCGAGCUCAAGUUAGGGUCUGGAAACAGGAAGGUGGUCUGCAUCAUGGUCUUCCUUCUCUUCAUUGCCUUCAACUUUGGACCUGUCAGCAUCAGUGAGUCUCCUGCAGCUGCUGUCUCUCCUUGGAUGAGCAGGGAGGAGCCUCGACCCCGGAGACACUUGCUGGAGUUCUCAGAGCAAGAGCCAGUUCAUGGAGUUGAACCUCUCUUGGGGUCCUUCCAAAGCCAAGAGGAAGCCCAGUCUAACCUUGCAGAUGGGCCCAGUUUCAGGAACCUGACCGCCUUCCCGGGGGGUGCCAAGGAGCUACUAUUGAGAGACCUAGACCAGCUCUUCCUCUCCUCUGAUUGCCGGCACUUCAACCGAACUGAGUCCCUGAGGCUUGCCGACGAGCUGAGUGGCUGGGUCCAGCGCCACCAGACAGGCCGGCGGAAGACCCCUCAGAAGGCCCAGGAGAGACAGAAGUCUCAGCUACGGAAGAAGUCAGCUCCAGUUAAGGCAGUCCCCACCCAACCCCCUGGGUCCCCAGAAAGGGAUUCUGUGGGCCAGCUGCAGCUAUAUCGCCACCCAGACCGUUCACAGCCAGAGUUCUUGGAUGCAAUAGACCGACGGGAAGACACAUUUUAUGUUGUCUCCUUCCGAAGGGACCACUUGCUGCUUCCAGCCAUCAGCCACAACAAGACCUCUCGGCCCAAGAUGUCCCUGGUGAUGCCUGCCAUGGCCCCCAAUGAGACUCUGUCAGGCCGGGGGCCCCCGGGGGACUAUGAGGAGAUGAUGCAGAUCGAGUGUGAGGUCAUGGACACCAGGGUGAUUCACAUCAAGACUUCCACGGUGCCCCCUUCACUUCGAAAACAGCCGUCCCCGACCCCAGGCAAUGCCACAGGUGGCCCCUUGCCAGCAUCUGCAGCCAGCCCGGCCCACCAGGCCUCCCACCAGUCCCUCUACCUCAAUCAUCCCUGACUUGUGCCACUCACACUGACUUAGAACUGGGGGGAGGACACAGGGUGACCAAGUGGGCCUGUUCUGAACUUCCCUGAUACCCGGGCUUGGGGCAACUGGUAAAGGAAAGACAGGGUGUGGGGCUUAAGCACUUAUUUGAGGUGGGGGAGUUGAUAUUUCUCUUCUCACCCCUCUUCAGAAUAUAGUGUUCCUCUCAUUCCUAUGAACCCCCAGUCCCUGCUUCUUUCUUUAAUGGUAUUGAGUGAGGUUCAGUUUUGGGGUGGGUGGGCUCCUUCAUACUCUUUAUUCUUUUGUUUCUUUGUUUGAUGGGUGGAGGUGGGAAUUUAGUCCCCAGGUGGGACAAGGGAAGUUUUUACAUUUUGCAGCUAGUUACUGGGAGCAAGGAGGGCGGUUUAGGGAGAUCAGGUUUAUGUGUGUGCAUAUCUUCUUUUUUAUUAUUAAAUAAACAACUUGGAGGGAGUUGAAGGAA